UGAUGUUCAAGCAAGCCUCCAUGAUGGCUCCAGAGGCCGCGGCCACCACGAUGUCCAUGGCGACGAUGGAGAACUCCACUGAGGCUGUGAGCCCGGGUGAGAGCAAAGAGGACAUGUUCGCCAAGCUGAGGGACAAGUUCAUGAAUGAACUGAACAAGAUUCCCUUGCCACCCUGGGCCCUCAUCGCCAUUGCUGUGGUAGCUGGGCUACUUAUCCUCACCUGUUGCUUCUGCAUCUGCAAGAAGUGCUGCUGCAAGAAGAAGAAGAACAAGAAGGAGAAGGGCAAAGGCAUGAAGAAUGCCAUGAACAUGAAGGACAUGAAAUCGGGGAACCAGGAUCAACAGGAUGACGAUGAUGCAGAAAUGGGCCUGACAGAGGGGGAAGGUGAGGAGGAGGAGAAGGAGCCGGAGAACCUGGGCAAGCUGCAGUUCUCGCUGGACUAUGAUUUCCAAGCAAACCAGCUGACAGUGGGGAUCCUCCAAGCUGCCGAACUGCCAGCUCUGGACAUGGGUGGCACCUCGGACCCGUAUGUCAAGGUGUUCCUGCUCCCUGACAAGAAGAAGAAAUAUGAGACCAAAGUGCAGAAGAAGACGCUCAAUCCUGCCUUCAACGAGACCUUCACCUUCAAGGUUCCCUACCAGGAGCUUGGUGGGAAGACGCUGGUGAUGGCCAUCUAUGACUUUGAUCGCUUCUCCAAGCAUGACAUCAUUGGUGAAGUGAAAGUGCCCAUGAACACAGUAGACCUGGGCCAGCCCAUCGAGGAGUGGCGGGACCUGCAGAGCGGCGAGAAAGAGGAGCCGGAGAAGCUUGGGGAUAUUUGCAUCUCCCUCCGGUACGUGCCCACUGCUGGGAAACUCACGGUCUGCAUCCUGGAGGCCAAGAACCUGAAGAAGAUGGAUGUUGGGGGUCUCUCAGAUCCCUACGUGAAGAUCCAUCUGCUGCAGAAUGGCAAGAGGUUGAAGAAGAAGAAGACUACAGUCAAGAAGAAGACUUUGAACCCCUACUUCAAUGAGUCUUUCAGCUUUGAGAUCCCCUUCGAGCAGAUACAGAAAGUGCAGGUGGUCAUCACAGUGCUCGAUUACGAUAAGCUGGGGAAGAACGAAGCCAUUGGCAAGAUAUUCACGGGCUGCAACUCCACGGGCACGGAGCUGCGGCACUGGUCCGACAUGCUGGCCAACCCCCGGAGACCCAUUGCCCAGUGGCACUCGCUGAAGCCGGAGGAGGAAGUAGAUGCAGCUCUUGGGAAAAACAAAUAGGAGCAUCUGCUGGCCAGCACGGCACGGGCCUGUGGACAUUUUAAAUGACCCCAAGCUAUUGAUACCUCAGUUACGCAACCUUUGGUUUUGUUGUUUUUUUGUUUUAAGCUGAAAUACCCUUUGAAGGCUGCGGAAGGGUUUUCAGACAGUCCCAAUAGCUUCAGGGGAAGAGGUGAAAGACAUGGACUUUUUUUUUUGGUUUGUCAACAUCGCKCUGUUCUGCUGCAUGUCCCAUUGCCUCCACCCACCGUCCCUUCCAGGGUGCAAAGCAACUGUCAGUCCUGGGGCCUUCCCAGGUUGCAGCAUCACCAGCCCACAGCAACGUUUCCUCCAUCCUCCCUCUUGGGUUCACACGGGGAACCGUCGAACGUUGCAUGGAGAUGACCAGACCCACUGUGCUUGCCUUGGGCAUGCAAACCUGCGUGGACAUCAACAUGAUGGAGAGAYCUGGACGCUUCCUCGCUCUUGCUCUGCCUCCUUUCACAGAGACGUGGUGGUAGGAUGAGAACGGCUGGGUCCCACAGCCGUCUCCAGGAUUAGCUUUUCCUGCUGGGAGUUGGGCAGAGAGGGAGGCAGUGUUGGAAUYGGCCCCGCGUGGCCUGGUAGCCCGAGCAGGUGGCCCUGACGCCCUGUUUGGAGGAGCAGCUUCAUGGGCUGCGCAGGCAAUGGCUGCACCAGGUGGGCUCACGACGCCGUCCGAGCUGCCGCCGCCUCCGCUGGCUGCUGCCCCUGGCCAGAGGCCAAGCAAGGACAGCGCCGGCGCCGUCUGCAUGGAUGUCCCGUUGUGCUUUGCACUGCCACAUGGCUUCCGAAGACACUGGAUUAAAACCCAAGGAUCCAGCUGCUUCCACGAGGAAGGUUUGCACCGAGAGGUCUCCAAACGCAAGCAGAAGGAACCGGUAGCCCCACGGCGCAGGUCUGAGCUUGGCCCUGUGCUUGCUGUGAACUGCGGCUGCUCCAAGGGCCCAGAGCUUGUUCCUGAUGUGCAGCCCCCUGCCCUGGGAUGCCCUGGUCCCAUGGAGCUCCCACUGCACCGUGACGUCCCACCACCGACGGACGCAUCGGUGCCCAUGGGGAGGGUGAGAGCGAGGCCGUGCCCAGCAAGGGACCAAAGACCUCCAAAGCCCAUUGAGCAGCUGCUCCACACAAAGCUGUUCGAUGCCAAACGCACCCGUGUCCCUCUGCCCCUCGGGGGUUUAAGCCAUAUCCGUGUUGCUGAUGUCAGCCCUGGUUGGGAAAGAGCUUCUCCAGCUUCGCCUCUUCCCGUGGCGGCGCGUGUCGCUCUCCACGCACAUCCCGCACCGAGCACCGUAGCUCCYGGCUAGCGCCGGGCCCUGCUGCAGGCGGAGGAACCAUCAGCCCUGCCCAGUUCAGCACAGCCUGCACUGGAGCACGGACCGCGCGAGCUGCUGUCCCCAUUGCAGCCCCUGUCCCCCCAGCGCCUUCACGCACCGUGUUUUGCUUCGCUGCCUUGGAUGCCGGGCUCCUCCUCCGUCCUUCAAGCCUGUGGCUGCCCAAGGGCCAUUUCAGCUCAAGUCCCUCCAGUGUUUGCCCCCAAAUCCAGUCCUCCUGCUGAGAAAGUCCAAGGAGCCACGAGGUUCCUUGUGUCCCGGCUACCCCUUUGGGGACGAGCCGGCUGAGCCUCUGGCMAAGGUCCCUGGGGACCUCUGCUUGCAAGGACUGCUCAAGUUCAUGGCCAAGGUCCUGGUGGGAAGAGCCUGGUCUGAGCGGCCGCAGCGCUUGGAGUUUUAAGUGGCACAGUUUGGUAGGGAGCAGCUUGGCCRUCCCGGUGAGCAGGGCUUGCCCUGCAGGACCAGAGCUCUGAGGGAAGGUGGGAUGGCACUGGGGACAGCUCCACCUUGCACAGGGUGCUCAGCCCCACUUGUCCCGGGGCUGAGACCUUGCUGCAAGCUACUCACAGCUGGGGGAGCAAGUGCGGAAGCUGAGCUCACCCCAACAUCAUCAGAUGGUUCAGCAGCCCCCAUGCAGCACCCACGUGUGCAAGCAUGGCCCUGGGUUGGAUGCGGGGUGGUCCCUCCUUGGACUGGACCUUGGGGAUGCUGCACCUAAAAUACAGCACCUUCUUUGGCUCCCCCACCUCCUUCCUCACUGGGGGCCCACAGAGAAGCAGAGGAACCUGGGAGCUUCAGUCCAGUGAUGAGGAGAGAGGCCAAGGAGAUGUGAUGGGCAGCGGGGAGCAGAYAAUGAGGGCAGAUUUUGGUGGCAGAUAGGUAGUGGCCACAGGCYGCAGAGUGGGCGGCAGGACAAGGCUCCAAGGCUCCCCUGGGAGGCAGRUGCAGCCCUCGGACAGGUCUGCAAAGAGCGGAAGCUCCAUCCUGGGAAGGGUUUCAAAGCUCCGUUAGCCA